UCGGCGAUUUGGCGCUCGGCUGUCCCCGGUUUACUGUACGCUCCAAACCAGCUGCUGUAAGAGAGGCACUUCACUCCUUCACCCUUUGACUGGUUUUAAAAUAUAUCCUCUGAUGACAUUAAUGGACAGUCAUGUCUGACGAAGAAAACAAGGUUUCCGAAGAACUUUUCAAAGACGUAAAAUUCUACGUGGUAGGGGACAUUGACCAAAAGGUGGUGCAGUUGCUGAAAGCAGGGAAAGGGAAGGAGGUUUCUUACAAUGCUCUGGCCACUCACAUCAUUGCAGAAGAUGGGGACAACCCUGAGGUGGGCGAAUCAAGAGAGGUUUUUGACCUCCCUGUUGUCAAGCCAUCCUGGGUGAUCCUCUCAGUCAGAUGUGGAGACCUGUUACCAGUAACCGGAUUCUCCCCAGAAUCAGGACAGAUAUUCUUUGGUGUGACCGCUUGUCUUCCCAGGCUUCCAGAUGAUCUCAGUGCACUGUGGGCCUACAUAACCUUUUAUGGAGGGGAAUGUCAGCUUAACCUCAACAAGAAGGUUACCCACUUAGUGGUGAAGGAACCAAAGGGGGCUAAGUUUGAGUGUGCCCUGAAACACCCUGGUAUCAAGAUUGUCACCCUGGACUGGAUAACCGAUUCUGUCAGAGACAAAAGUAGGAAAGAUGAGGCAACCUAUCACCCCAGACUCACAUGUGUGGAGCGUGAGGAAGACGAGGAAAGUGAAGCAGAGUCAUAUGACCAGCGCUCCCAUUCAGAUGGAAGCUACAGCCCCCGGCAAUCCCGGCUGUCCAGUGGUGGCUCAUCUGGCGAGGAGUCAAGCCCUCACAGACGACCAGGACCAAAAAAACUGAACUCCAUCUUCCCAGUCUCUCCCCGCAAACCUGAGCGCAGCAGCGAGCUUAUGUUUGACGACUCUGACGAUGAUUCUUCAACUGAGAAGGAGGGCACCAACCUCAACUGGACGCCGGCUGAAGUUGCAACUCCAACCCCUCCUAAUCCAACAGGCACAGCCAGACGACGGGGUGGGCCACCUGGCAGUAAAGACUCAGUGUCAUCUACAGGCAGUGGGCUGAUUAAUCUGUGUGCCACUGUGCCUCCUGUACCAGGCAGCGGGGGAGCCAUGCCUGCAGAGGCUCGUGCAGCUGCUGCUGCUGCCAUCAUUCACACCACACAGCAAGGUGUUUCGGUUCCAGAGGGCAUCACUGGGUGGAGCUCAGCUGCUAGAACCCUUCGUAACAUCACCAACAACUCUGACAUCCAGCCAGCCAAUCGACCUGCCAACAUAGCACAUAUCAUCCAGAAUCUGACAGGCAGUCAGACAAAGCCAUUGGAGCAGCAGACCAAUCAGAGCAAUGCCCAAGCCCCUAACAGUACCAAUACUCUUUUGUUCAAUCAGUCCAAACUGGUAAGCCAGCCAAUUACAGCAGAGCAACAGCAACAAUUAUUGCAACAGCAACAGUCACACCAGGCUGGCCAGCAACAACACCAACAGUUACCACAGCAACAACAGCACCCCAUGAUGCACCUCCAGCAGCAGCAUCAGAUGAUGCAGCUACAUCACCAACAGCAACAACAUCAACAGCAACAGUCACAGAGUGUACAACAACACGGUUUCCCACAGUUGCCCCAACAGCAGCAGCAGCAGUUUCUGCAGCAACAGCAGCAGCAAAUGCACCAACAACAGAUGUUUUCACAGCAGCCACAGCAGCAGCAUGCCUUCCCCCAGCAGCAGCUGCGGCCCCACCAGCUCCUACGGCCUGGUUUGCAGCAGCUGCAGCAGCAACAGGUGUUGCAGCAACAGCUACAGCAGUUUCAACAGCAACAACGCAUGCAGAUGUUACAGCAACAGCAACAACAGCAAGAUCAACAGCAGUUACAUCUACAGCAGCAGCAACAGCAACAGCAUUUCCUACAACAGCAACACAUGCAGCAAAUGCAGCAGCAGCAGCAGCAGCAACAGCACCUACAGAAUCAACAGCAGGCUCUGCAGCAUCAGAACCAGCAGGCCCUGCAGCAGCAGCAGCAGCAGCAGACGACGACUCUGCAGCCUCAGCUCCAGCAGCCUCCUCACAUCCCUCAACUUUUUGGACACGAGCCAGGACAAGACAUUCCACAGGAUGGCUUCCUUCUGGGCUGUUGGUUUGCUAUUUCUGACUACCCGGAACAGAUGGCUGACAAACAACUCCUGGCCACAUGGAAGAGGGUCAUCCAGGCAUGUGGAGGGUCUGUUGACCCCACCCUGACCAGCCGUUGCACACAUCUGCUAUGUGAAAGUCAAGUCAGCAACAUGUAUGUACAGGCACUCAGAGAUGGGAAGCGAUGUGUAACAGCACACUGGCUCAACACUGUACUGAAGAGGAAGAGGGUGGUUCCUCCUCAUCGGACAUUGCAUUUGCCCUUUGCCUUUCCUCCUGGCGCGAAACCUUGCUCUCAGCAUAUAAUAUCAGUGACAGGUUUUGUGGAUGCUGACAGGGAUGACCUGAAGUUGAUGGCUUAUCUGGCUGGUGCCAGAUACACUGGAUAUCUGUGUCGCAGUAACACUGUCCUCAUCUGCAAAGAACCCAGUGGGCUGAAAUAUGAAAAGGCCAAGGAAUGGAAGAUCCCAUGUGUAAAUGCCCAGUGGCUGUGUGAUAUACUGCUGGGGAACUUUGAAGCACUGAGACAGAUUCAGCACAGCAGAUACUCCAUCUAUACACACCCUGAACCACUUCUGCCUAACCCACAGCUGGUCCACAACCUGCUAGCUGCUUGGAGAACACCGAUAAAAGUAUCUCCUGAAGCUUUGGCGAGUCUCCAGCUGCUUAAGAAACAGAAGAUGACAGACUCCACAAACCAGCCUGCAAACAAGAAAGCCAGAGUGGAAGAGAUCCAGUCCCCCAGUAAAAAGCUCCCCCCUGAGUCCACCCCUCGAGUCAUGUUCACAGGUUUUGAGCCCUCACAUGUACAGCAGUACACAAAGAGGUUACAUGCUUUAGGUGGUGAAGUAGCAGACAGCAGUCAGGAAGCCACCCACCUUGUAGCCAGUAAGGUGACUCGGACCGUCAAGUUCCUCACUGCAAUGUCUGUGGUCAAAUACAUAGUCACUCCAGAGUGGCUGGAGGAAAGCUGGAGGAGCCAGAAGUUUGUGGAUGAGCAGGGUCACACUCUGAGGGAUGCAGAGGCGGAGGUGUUGUUUGGCUUCAGUCUGGAGGAGUCAUUAAAGCGAGCCAACAGUGCGCCACUCUUCAAGGGGAAGUAUUUCUACCUCACCCCAGGGAUGUGCCCCAGCCUCAGCACCAUGAAGUCCAUCCUGGAGAGUGCUGGAGGAAAGCUGCUGGCCAAACAGCCCUCCUACAGAAAGAUCAUGGAGCAUAAACAGAACAAGAACCUUCCAGAGAUCAUCAUAAUUUCCUGUGACAAUGACCUCCACCUCUGUAGAGAAUACUUCUUAAAAAACAUUGAUGUCCACAAUGCUGAAUUCAUCUUGACAGGCGUUCUCACCCAGAAACUCAACUAUGACUCGUACAAGUUCACUUGACGGUGAAGCAACGAUGGCAUCAGGAGGACGAGGAAGAGGAGGAGGAACAGAUCAGGAAGCCGCCUGUGUACAGUCCAGCCACGCUGAGUUUUCUAUGUUAGAUCUCCAGUAAUUUUGUAGCUUUUUCUUACAUGUUUGAGAAUAAAUAAACUGAUGUUAUUUUUGUGAAAUGAAUGUUUAAAUUAUGGAGGAUUUUAACUUUUUCCUGUUUUUCAAAUAGAAUGUGUGAAGGCUUUAGCUUGUAUACGCUGCUUUUUGGAUUAAAAUCUACAUUUGUUUGUGAAAAA